AUGCCGUACUUAGGCUUGAAAAAUUUCGCAAAGAAGGCAGUAUGGCGUUACAGCAUGGGCAUGAGACGGCGGCUGGCGAUUGGCUGCGUGCUUUUCGCCAGUACUCCCGUAAAACUGCUGGACGAUCCUACUGCUGGGAUCGAUGUCGCCGCCAAACACCUCGUAUGGACUGAGAUUAAGCGUGGACUUUCCAAUGACGACGCCGUUGUGCUCUCGUCACAUAAUAUGGAAGAGGUAGAGCGCCUAUGCAAUCGUUUAGCAGUUCUGGACUCAGGCGAGACGGGAACACUGGAGUCUACCAACAGCUUCAAGAACUUGUACGCACCUGGUCGUACCGUUUUUUUUAAAUUCCGUAUUACUGUCUUAUAUGCCGCUGGAACUUUGAGAGUGCAAUCGCUAAAGGACUCUAUGUACCGCGAGUUUAGCUGCUACGUGAACAGUGAACAUUUGACAACUAUUUGGUUCACAAUAACGGAACCGAAGCUGGCGUUUAACGUGAUUUUUGUAAAGCUGAGAAAACUGGCAACUGAUUUCGAAGACAUCGUGGAGGACUACUCUGCUUAUGACGGCAAUAUGGAAGAUGCCUUUAUACACUUCAUGGACGAGAACCGUUACAAUAUCCGACCGAAAGAGACUUGGUAG